AUGGGGUCUCUCCAGAGCUGCUGCCACAUUUUCACCAGGUUGCUGUGUCUAGGAGCUAAUGAAGACCAGGAACAACAGCAUGGAGAGAUUGCAAUGGUCCUGAAGGCUGGAGAGGAAGGAGGCAAGAAAGGGUUUGUACAGAGCGAGCUUGCUCAGGGUGAGCUUGGUCAGGGCGAACUUGCUCUGGGCGAACUUGCCCCAAGCAAGCCUGCUCAAGAAGCGCUUGCUCAGUCCGGUCUUACUCAGGAAGCCACAGGAGUGGUAGAGGAGGGAGAAAACGAAGAAGAAGAAAUGAAAGGAGGUCAUUCUGGCGAUGGUAGUUCUGGCCCCAUGGACAAGGGGAUCCAGGCAGAAGGUGGCCAUGGCGGAAGUGUUCAACAGCAGCCUCAGCAAGAGGCAGCAAUGCCUGAGGGCACCAAGAAUCUCCAGGCUCAGGACAGGCAGCCUUUCCACAGACACACCAAAUUCACCCAGUCUCAGCUGCAGGACCUGGAGCGUCUUUUUGAAGAGACUCGCUUCCCCAGCUUUCAAGUAAGGAAGGAUCUUGCAAUAUCAAUGGGUGUGCCAGAAGCAGAUGUGCAGGAUUGGUUUAGGACCAGGAGAGCCAUUUUCAGGAGAAACAAUAGAAAGGUGGUGCUGAUUGAUGCACCACCUGGUCCCCAGAACAACGAUUCCUGA